GAACCGCCACAGUUGAUCAUGUAAAUCGGACCAGAAUGCUCCGAGUCAUUAUUCGAGAGUCAGCUUACUUCUAUGUUUCCAAGCUACCUUAGUCUAUAAUGUCUGACAAUUGUCGUCCAUUACCAACCCAUCACCGUCGGAAGAUGCAGCAUCAGUAAGUGGCAGAUCUUAUCCCUGCGCUGGCUCAAUGUCUGGUUACUUCCUGAUUCGCUUUCCUUAACUUACCUGUAUCCUGAUACGGUGCCAAAGACGCAAUGUCGAAGAAGCCAAUUAGCUGGAAGGACAGCGACUACGUGUUGUUUCCAGUUGUUUGAGCAUAUGCAUCACCAUGCCGUGAUUGUAUAUUGAAUAUUGAAUACUGAUCAUCAGCUCAAGCGCGUGGACGAAUUCCGUUCUCAGAUUGUCGGUCUUGAAAUUUAUAACGCAACCACCAUGUCGAACGUCCUUUCCGAGCGACAGCGAGAUGAUCUCACAGACACAGAGCAAUGCUCGACUACUUGAACACUGCCGGCUUCUUAAAAACAUUUGAACAAUUCAAGGCGGAGACUGCACCGCUCGAAUAUGAGCCUGAAGACGACCAGAGGAUGAAGGGUCUCCUCAUCAAGAAGUGGACAAGUGUGAUACGGUUGCAGAAAAAGAUCAUGGACCUUGAGUCGCGCCUUGCUCAGGCCUUACAAGAAAUGGCUCAGACAUCCACCAUGCCCCUUGGAUACAGUAAACGCAACGACCCUGACUGGCUGCCCGCAUCCGGCCCUCCGAAGCAUAACCUCACCAGCCACCGUGGCAAAGUCAAUGCGGUCACAUUUCACCCACUCUAUUCGGUUAUCGUUUCUGCGAGUGACGAUAGCACUAUGAAGGUUUGGGACUGGGAAACCGGAUCUCUCGAGCAGACCAUCCACGGCCACACUAAACGUGUCUCCGAUUGCGAGUUUGACUCCAAAGGCACACAGCUUGUAUCGGCGUCGUACGACCUCUUCAUCAAGCUCUGGGCUGUUGACAAUGGAUACAAGAACUUCGCCACUCUCAGAGGUCAUAAUCACUCAAUCUCGUCUGUCCGUUUCCUCCCUGGAGACGAUCGCGUCGUCAGCGCGAGCCGCGACGCGACGAUUCGGAUCUGGGAUAUUGCCACAAAUCACUGUAUCCGUACCUUGAGUAAUCACAGCGAUUGGGUCAGGUGUGCUAUACCCAAUGUUGAUGGACAAUAUCUUGUCACUUGUUGUUCCGACCACACCGCACAAGUUAUCGAACUUAGCUCUGGAAAGACUAAGACUGAGUUGCGGGGUCACGACAAUGCGGUUCAGGCCGCCGUCUUUGUCCCGCGCAUGUCCGCACCAGCCAUCGGCGAAUUGAUCAUGCACAAGACUGGGGCCGCGGCACCCACGCUGACUGUCAACGCUGGGCUUGCUUACGUCGUGACAGCAUCUCGGGACCAGAAAAUCAAGAUCUGGGAUGCUGUUCAUGGAACAUGCCUGCAUACCCUAGUUGGACACGACGGAUGGGUAAACGGGCUCGCCUUUCACCCCAAUGGCCGGUAUAUGUUGUCUGCCGCGGAUGACGGCUCUAUCCGCAUUUGGGAGCUGAAGACAGGUCGAUGCGUGCGCAAGCUUGAAACAGGCGAACAAUUUUUGUCUUCCCUGUCGUGGGGACGACAGACGACAGAGACGAACGCUACAGACACAUCGACCAACACGACAGCUACUCCGAAGCUGAUAAAUGUCAUCGCCGCCGGAUGCUGGGACUAUACUGUGAAGAUCUGGAUGCCUUGACGACUCAUCUGUCUCUUGUUUACUCUUUCUCGCUUUCACUCCUUCAUAUACCGCCAUAUUGUCUUUAUCCCUUUGUGCUCUUAUAUCUCCCUUACAUCAGUCUGUCCUUCCUCUGUACUAGAGUAUCCCCAUCAUUGUCCACACCACUCGUCGCUUCUGUUAUUGCCUUUCCACCGUUGCUUCCAUUGCUGCUUUUUCCCUCGCUGCUUUCAUUGUUGCUUUCAUCGUCACUCACCUCUGCACACUUUCUGGACCCGCUCUGUAUUGUGCUGUACCUCGUUGUCUCCACACACCAUGUAUGAACUUCAUUACAUAUAUGGCAGUGAAUCAUUGUGGCAUAGGUUCCAGGAUCCAUGAUUG